AUGGCGAUCAACGGGAAAUCGAGCAGACUGGCGCAGACAGCCCUCAUAAAGCAAAUCCUUAAACGAUGUUCCAGCUUAGGGAAGAAACAACAAUGCUACGACGACGAUGAUGAACAGCUAGGACUCCCUCUGGACGUGCCCAAAGGUCACUUCGUCGUAUACGUUGGCCGGAACAGAAGCAGAUACAUUGUACCCAUAUCGUUCUUGACCCGACCCGAGUUCCAGAGGUUGCUCCGCCAAGCAGAGGAAGAGUUCGGAUUCGAUCACGACAUGGGACUCACCAUCCCUUGUGAAGAGGUUGUUUUCCGGUCUCUAACAUCCAUGCUCAGAUGAAAAUCAAAGCCUGGUUUCCAUAGAGAAACGUUGAAUUG